CCCCAAAUAAAAUACAAUUGAAAAGAAGAACACAAUUUUUUUUUAUCUAUAGAUAGAUCAAUUGUAGCCAACCGCCGGCAGUGGCUUACACUGAUUUUGCGGCCUAAUGGCCGGAGAUCAGGAGGAUGGGCUGCCUCGUUCAUUUGCUGGUUUAUUCCACAAACCUCCAGAGUCUAAACUUGCUGUGAAUAAAAAAUUCAAACAAGUGAAGUUCAUUAAUGGCUCUCCUGUGUUGAAUUUGACGGUGAGGAAUAUGAGAGUUGUAUCUCCUCACCGACUGAAUCUUGUUGGGAAAUUCUCUUACGGAAGGCCGAAGAUGGAAGAAGUGCGAAAGGAAUUUGAUAAAAUAGGUUUUCGUGGAAACUACUUUAUUGGUUUGAUGAACCCUCGACACAUCUUAAUACGUUUUGAACGUGACGAUGAUUAUCAGAGAUGUUGGAUAAAAAAGGCUUGGAUUAUCCAAGGGUUUCAGAUGAGGAUUCUUAAGUGGCAAUCAGGUUUCACGUUCGAAGAAGACCCUCAUUGGUUCCAAUUUGGGUUUCGUUACAUGAGCUUCCAAUUGAAUUCAUGACACCACAUGUUCUUUUCUCAAUUGCGACGGCCAUAGGUAAGCCUCUUCAAAUUGACACGGCAACGUUGAAUUUGACACGGCCGUCGGUAGCCCGGUUUUGUGUUGAAGUCGAUCUCACCAAAGAACAUCCAAAGUCGAUCAAGAUAUGCAAGAAGGGGAAGAAGCAUGAUCAAAUUUUCACUUACGAAUAUAUACUGGCUUAUUGUAUGAAGUGCAAUAAAAUAGGGCAUAACGGGUCGGAAUGCCGACAAGGAAAAUCACAAAGUAUGGUGACAAAAGAGGCUGAAAAUCGGAUUGUCACAAAAAACCCCAAAAACCCACGAAUAGGAUCUGGAGAGAAGGAAGCAACGCAAGUAAAACAUAAGAAAUUGGAAUCGUCGGGUUUAACAGAGAAAGAAAAGGCUUUGAUUCCAAUUGAUGCAGUGCAUGAUGACUCCAUUCCUCGAGAGCUGGAGAAGGAGGUGUCUCUUGAGAAAGAUGUUGCCAGAAGGAAACAGAUUGCAGAUUGCGUGAAAGGAAAUGGUUGUCAAAAUCGGUUUGACAUUCUAGCAGAAGAUAGCUCUGAUGAUGAGGAGUUAAAUAUAUUAGCUGAUCAACCGGUAGUUGUGAUACCUGAUGAACAGGUUGCUGCUGUUGCUGCUACUUCUCCAACAAUUGCUGCUUCGUCCUCGGUUGUAAACGGAAGCAAACUUUCAUUAUUCGCAACUGUCCAUCAUUCGUCAGUGGUGGACUACCGGUGGGAAACUUCACCGGCAACAGAAGGGCAUGAAAUCCCGCAGUUAUCGCAACCUCCUUCCAACCCGCAAUGAAAUCCCAUUGAUGCGCAGUCAACGCCCCAGGUUCAAUCUGAUCCGAAUACAAAUUCGAACGCUCCAGCUACAAACGCGGAACAAACGCGGUCUUCCCCUUCAAGUGCGGAACAAGCGCGGAUCAGUUCCUUGAAUUAACGUCCCAAUUGCGCAGUCAGUGCUCAAACCUUUC